ACGGCCAAUCGAACAUUCUUAUAUGCCCUCUAUACUCUAACUCCGUGCAUGUCAUAGAUAAAAAUGGACACUUUUUAUCGCAUUUUCAACUUUCAGGGAUGGAAAGGGCAUACUGUCUGAGUUAUGAUGUCCUCAAUAACCGUCUUUACGCUGGUAUUGACGAUAAUCAACAAACACUGGGUGUUUACAAGUAUAUAUUCAGACAGGAUUCGAUGUUAAAUCCGGAAUCAAUCUCUGGUGAUUUAGCAAAUCCAAUAGAAGCUAUUCAAACAACAGAGACUAAAGAAAGAAAAGUAAGAAAGAAUAAUCUGUCGUCAUCACCGUAUAGCCCAAUCCUACACAAAUACUUGUCAAUUACUGAUGUUCGGUGUAGCAAAAGUGUAUCUUUAUGCGCAUCAGGUACAUGUAUGAUAUGGGUGAGUGAUGAUCAUGACAUUGUAUUGGUCAACGAACUUGGUGAAACAUUACAUCAAAUCAAAGAUCAAAUCAAAGAUUAUCGCGAUGGUGCAUAUGAUGGGUCGUAUGGAUUGCACACGCUUAACAGUGAUGGUGAACUAAUUUACGUAGCAAAGGAUGAUACUAUACUCAAAUUGUCAAAGGAUUUGGAAAAAAGUACCAUAUUUAUUCAGAAUACGGAUUCAAAUGAAUGGAGACCGCAAUGUAUACAUUAUUCCUUAUUCACGAGUGAUAUCUUGGUCGGCAUGGCAAACAUGAAUUUAAGAAGAGGAAAAAUAAUUCGGUAUAACAAAACUGGCAAAAUGGCGCAAACAAUACAAUGCAACGAAAAAGGACUGGACAUCUUCAAAUAUCCUCGCUAUAUAACAGAGAACAACAAUGAAGAUAUGCUGGUAUCUGAUUGCUCUGGCGCUGUAGUGGUCACGGAUAGUGCAGGAAAAUUUCGUUUCGCUUACAAAGGAUAUCCGCAAGGAACAGCAUUAGAUCCACUAGGAGUGUCCACUGACGCACUGUCAAACAUCUUAGUAUCCGACUAUUACACAAAAACAAUACAUGUUAUAGAUAAAGACGGUCAGUUUUUGUCAUAUCUAUUUAUUAACCUACAGUGUGUCUCCAAACCAUGUUCUGUUUUCUUUGAUAAAAAUACGUAUCUUCUUUGGGUCGGCUCAGAGUACAACAAUACAGUAGCUAUCUACAAGUAUUUAAGGAGUGAAGAUGUAGUGUCAGAUCAAAAUAAAUAUUGCGAUGCUGUAAGACAGACGCAGCAGGACCUUGUCGAUGGAACUUGUUCGAAAAAGCAGGUAUUUGCACCAGCAGUACAGAAUUAUUUCACAGUGAAUGACUUUAAACGCUGUUCCCAUUUAUCAUACGGCAUAUGCGACUGCCUUUUAAUCAAUGAAGGAAAAAACUUCAUCAUUACAAGAACAUCAGGUGAAACUAUACACCAUAUUGACGGUUUACGCAGUGAUGCCAGUACUGGAUCACACUCAAUGAACCUAUCUCGGGAAGAAUUGUUUUAUAUCGAGAAGGACUAUAACAUUGUCAAACUGUCAAAAUAUAAACAGAAAACAAAAACAACUUUUAUCAAAUGUAUGCAGGAAACCGAUUCUGCAUGGAGACCAUGGUGUCUUUACUGUUCUCAAAUAACUGAUGACGUUUUGGUCGGUAUGAAGAAAUUAGACAGAAUACAAGGCAAGGUUAUUCGGUACAACAACCUCGGGGAAGACAUACAGGAAAUACAACACAACGAAAUCGGAAGCGAUAUCUACAGUACACCACGUUAUAUAACAGAAAACAUUAACGGGGAUGUCGUGGUGUCUGACUCCACAGGUGCUGUUGUGGUAACAGACCGUGAAGGAAGACAUCGUUUUUCGUACAAAGGACACCCCCCUGAAUCAAAACUAUCUCCACUUGGAAUCUGCACUGACACUCUGUCACAUAUCUUGGUAUGUGAUGAGUUAACCCACGCAAUACAGAUUCUUGAUAAAGACGGAAACUUCCUAUCCAAUCUGCUAAUUAAACCAUCAGGUAUAGUAUCGCCUAGUUGUCUGUGUUAUGAUGUCAACGCAGACCUUCUCUGGGUAGGAUCAGACGUCAACUACUCGGUAUGUCUCUACAAGUAUAUAUCAACACAGGACCUUCUUACCGGUAAGAUUUUUAAGUUUAUAUUCGAGGUUUUAUGUAUGAUGCCAACAUUGGAUAUCACUGACUAUUUAGAUGCAUGUAGUGUGCUAUUUUUACAUUUAAUGCCGAAACUAUUGUUACAGUUAUUUAUUUACAUUGACAAUACACAAAAUAAAUAAUCAAGUAUAAAAGUCAAGUAUAAAUAUUUUAUUCGGUACAAUCAUCGUCUUUCAGGACAUCGUCGUUUGUUUUCGAUGAAAAUGAAAUCCAAUACAACAAUCUAUUUCUAGUGUGUUCAAUUACAUUAUCCAUGCACAAAUUAAGACACAGAUAACUAAAACAAGUUAUACAUUAGUGAUAUGUUUAUACCUAAACGUUGAUGGCGCCGAUUAAAAUGAACAUAGAGAAGAAGUACAUGUAUCAGUCUCCUUUAACAGGAUGUCAGCCUUAAUCAACAUCAGUACUUAUAUUUCGAGCACCAGAAAAAUAUAUAGUUUGCUACCCUUAUUCAAAGAAAUAUGAAAAAAAUCGUUUAAAAGAAAUACCUCGUUUAACAUUUGUUUUAAUCACGUUACAUGUAGAUCUAAAUUUCCCAACGGUCGAUUGUAAAAAAAAAUAAACACACCUUGUAUUCUUUAUCAAUAUUAUUCAUAAUGCAACAAUUUUUUAAUAAUUUCAAGUUUUAAACACAGAUUCCACAAAAUUUUUUGUUUAAUUUUGCUCUAGUUUUUUUUUCUUCUGUCGUUUCUUAAUAUUGGGUAUUAUUAUGAAUAUAUUUUUCUUAAUAAAUUUUUAUUCACCCUUUUGUGAAUGAUUUACAGAUGAGAAUUCAGAAUAUGAAGAUAAAUAUGAGGAGUGCUGUCUGG